UUCAUUCUCCAUCUCAUAUUGCCGAGACAUCAUUGGCGCCGACGGGUUUCUUCUGUCUCUCUGAUGGAUGAUCAACGUCGUUAGGCUUCAUUUCCCGUGUCCUACAUAAAUUCACGAUGUCCAAGUAUUUCCUAGCCUGUUUCAUCGCAACGCCGUCAAGCGCAGUCCCCGGAUCCGACUCCACGGCUGGACCGGCUUCGAUAUGGUACGGUACGAGCUGCACAGACGACGAUGAUGAAGAGCAUCUACGCCAGUUGGCUACAUUAUUGAUCGAAGCGGGAGAUAAAUUGUCCUUCGAUGAUCUAGGUAAAUCACUUCCCUUUACGUGGCUGGAAAAGGAGUAUUACGAUACAAUCGACUGUCUCGGGGAUUCGCGAUCGGAGCCAUACCAUGCUCUUUGGACGUUCGAUAUAAACAAGGCUGUCUUGCAGCAUGCGACUCGCGAGUGCCGCCGUAAUGUAUCGUUUGCUGCGCUGCGGCGACAGUCCAUAAAGCUCAGUAAAAUGCGACUACUUAAUGUUCUUGAGCCUCGUUUUUUGCCAAUCGGACCUGAGUUUCGGUCGGACAAGGGCUUCUGGCAGCCGCCUUUAGAAGCAGACAUACACAUGCGAGCAUUGGUGUGUUCACCUCUGCGUGACUUUCACCAUCAAUGGAGGCAUAUUCUUCGGGAUGAUUAUAACAAACUUACACUACGUCACCUUGCACGAGCUGUAAUUCGAAUAUCUACCUUAGAAUUUGAAGUUCGCGAAAAUACAGGAGGUCAUGGUCGAAGAGGGAUGCAUGUAUCGUACCUAGAUCAGCCUUCUUGGGAGCCGUUCGAUGCUGACGUCGUGCAAAUUGGGCUUGUCCGACUCGUUCUCUGUACAGAUUUGUCCAAAGGCCUUUUCAUUGUAAAGGAAGACUUUGCUACCCUUCAGACAACGCCCAAAGGUCUCAGUGGCACCAAUCCUCUAAGAAAUCAGACGCUUUAUAUAGUGCUCUCCGUCCGGCACGUGAUGCUCUGCAAGGCCGCACAGGGAGCCGCCUUCGAAUACUCUGAUCCGGCAGCGCUUUUCAACGGCGACGAUGAGGCUGCACUUCCGUCAGAUAUCGCAAUAGAUUAUCUCAUCUGGGCAACCACUUCCACAAGACUUCCGAAAUGUGUUCGGGUGCAAAGACUACCAAUCGAAAUACAAGACCAGGUGCUGAAACAUACUUCGAUCGGCAGUGUGGAAGCUGCUCGGAUCGGCUGCCUGCUUGGUAUAGGAUCGCCGUUCACGUGGCGGGACGGCCCUCUCAAAGUCACAUUGGAAAAACAAUACUAUAUUCGACCGUCAAGAAUGCCUGUCGAGUCCGAGAUCUGGUUUGGGGAAUAUAAGAGCGGCAUAGUGUAUCUAGCACGAUGACCGCCAUCGUGGGCUUUGGGCCUGGAGCAUGAGAUUCGCUGUUAUGUGAUUAC